CCAAAAUUUCUCCUUUAUUGCCUAUGACUCCAAAAAAUUAUAUAUAUAUACACACUUUCUCCUUGGCUUGUUUACUCCUCCUUAUAUACAUACAAUUAAUUUGUUCUUCACUAAGGAAAUGAAGAGGAGUUCCUUGCUACAGCAAGCUGCUGCCACGAAGCAAACACUUUUUGAUGAGGGAGUAUUGGAUGAUCAAUUUCUUCAGCUGGAGGACAUCUACGGGGAUCCCAAGUCUCUCGAGGAGCUCAUCACUUGGUCCUUCGGGGAGUCGGCAAAGAACAUCGGAACCAUUGAGCAACUCCUGGAGAGAGCAUCCAUUGAUUUCAUUGAGGUGGGGAAAGCACUUCAUAAGUUGAAGGGUACCAGUGCAAGCAUUGGAGCAAAGAACGUCUUGAUGAAAGUCAAUGAAAUGACUGAGCAGUGCAAGACCAAUACUGUGGACGGCAGGUGCAAAGCUUCUCUCCAGGGAUUGAAGAAUGAGCAGAACGAUCUGAAGGAAAAGCUGACAAUCUAUUUGCAGAUGAAGAGGCAAGCUCAACCUGGUGGAGCAGCUUAAUUAGCAGCAACCAGCAGAGGGUGUUUGGUGGUGGAGAAUCCUAGUUCUGAUUCUCUAGGAGUAAUUAAUAAAUAAAACAAAUCCAAUAAUUGGAUUUGAAGUUUGAUGUCCUGUUUCUAGGACUUUCUUGAUAAAUAUGUGUCCGCUGCUCAGAAUAGUUUCUCUCUCUCUCUCUCUCUCUAUAUAUAUAUAUGUUUGGUGACAGGGGCAGUCCAAAAGAAAUGGUGACCUAAAACCAAAAAUUAAUAUAAGACCUUUAAAAAUUUAU